UCUGGGCUGGAAGCAGCAGGGCGGGCGGAGAACCUGGGCCUUCAUGACAUGGGGGACCCGGUGGACCAGGUGCAGAGGGUGGAUGAGCAGCACCUGCUUCUGCAUGAUCAGACUGGGAUUCGCAACGAUCCCAUUUCAAUGACCAAGGAUCCCUUGAGUCUCCCCUGUCAGAAGGAGCUGGUGGCGGCUGUGAUGGACCCCAGUGAGGUCUUCUGCUCCGUCCCCGGAAGAUUGUCCCUCCUGGGCUCCACGUCCAAAUACAAAGUGACAGUUGCCGAAGUCCAGAGGCGAUUGUCCCCGCCUGAGUGCUUAAAUGCCUCCAUACUGGGAGGUGUUCUCAGAAGAGCCAAGUCUAAAGAUGGAUGCCGGUCCUUGCGGGAGAAGCUGCACAAGAUGGGGCUGAACCUUCCAGCCGGCAGACGGAAGGCUGCACGCGUCACCCUCCUGACGUCCUUAGUAGAAGGGGAGGCCGUUCACUUGGCUCGGGACUUCGCGUAUGUCUGUGAGGCUGAGUUUCCCAGUAAGCGGGUGGCCGAGUACUUAACCAGCCCUCAUCUCGGAGGACGGAAUGAGAUGGCAACGAGGAAGGACAUGCUGCUGGCCGCACAGCAAGUGUGCCAAGAAUUCACGGACCUUCUCAACCAAGACCGAACACCCAACGGGGACAGGCCGGCCCCAGUCUCAGAGGCGAACAUUCAGAACUGCGUGACUCACUUCAGCCUGAUGACCCACGGGUUUGGCAGCCAGGCCAUCUGUGACACCGUGUCUGUGAUGCAGAACUACAUUAAAGAGGCUUUGGUCAUCAUAGAGAAAUCCUCCAUGAAUCCCGGGGACCAGGGUCCAGCCGAUUCCAGCAAGACCUCGGAGAAGAUAGAGAAGCAUCGGAAAUGA